AUGCCAUCUAACAAAGACCGUCUCUAUGUUGCUCUCUACGCACGCGGAGGCAAUCCUACCAUGCUAGGCAAAGAAGACACAUACCACUGGGCCUUGAUCGUGGGGCCCAAAGUUGAAGCAGAGGAUGGUAUGGGGGUCCGUUACCACGCAAAGGAGAGGCUAGCAUUGACAGGGGGCUCUAAAUGGUUCUUCGAGGAGCGCGAAUGUCCACUUGCCCCUACUAGCAUGCUACUUGUUCGUAUCAUAGUUGGGAAGGUAGCGGAAAGAAAUCGCCUAGUCGAAAUUCUGCGGAACACGCCUAUUCGGCAAGGCCAACCAGGUUGGAACUGUGUCCUCUGGGUAAAGGAGGCCCUGGAAAUGCUUAAGGUUGAUACCAAGGCUCUAGGCACGAGCGUCGUUGAGUGGGAAAAAGUACGCAGCGGGGCGAUGGAUUAUUGUCAGCUGAAGAAAGACCAGCACCGUUUUGAUGGCCAGGGCAACUUUGAUAUGAAAAAGGUUCCAACAUAUGACUUGAUAGAGCGGAAGGAAAUCAUUACCCGUUCCAUCGCCAGCUCUUCGGGCUUUACUAACUUUAUCAAAGAUGGAUUGGUUAUUCAACGUCACAACGAGCCACAUGUCCUCAUUCCAAAGUCCCUCAUGGAUGACUGGGUGAAUGCCUAUGGGAAACAGAAUUUCUUCACUACAGUCCCACAGAUAAUCAACGCGAUCAAGGCUAUCGAAACAUGUCAGAGAGUGGGACCGUCGAACUCGAAGAAGAUAACGGAAAUUUUCUAUCACUGCAUAGACAUAGGCAACAGCAAGUUCUUCGCAACGGAACUCGGCAAAUAUGUUCAAAUCGCGGUACUGGUGGGCCAUAAAAUCGACCCAGAAAAAUAUUUCAAAGGGUCCCAGGCAAUAUGGGACGGGAAGUCUCCCAUAGAGUUGAUGAAUAUUGCUUUGAAGGAGGAUCCUCAGGGGCAUCAUAUGAUCCAGGCCACAGUCCACUACUGGGGAUUUAAUGCUGGCGUGGUGAAGAACAUUGCACAAAUGUACGAGCUAUUGUACUAG